UGGACAGGAAACGACGGAGACGCGCAGCGUGUCUCCUCAGCAGCUCCGGGAGAGAAGAAUGGGAAAGGGAAUGGGACUGUGUAUGUAGACGAGGCAGCGUGUGAAAACAUGAAGACAACGGGCAGUUUUUAAGCUACAUUCCUCUUUAAAGCACAUAAUUACACACAUCACAUCAGGAGUUUUCCCUCUUUCCCCUCCUGAGGACAGGGAUAUUGGCUGCCAUUGGACAACAGGAGAGGAGAGGAGAGGAGAGGAGAGGACCCUCUUUGUGAAUCUCAUUUGGCUAUGGAGCAGGUAUCAGAUGAUGAGUUGGACCAUGGAGCAGAAGAGGACAGCGAUAAGGAGGACCAGGACUUGGACAAGAUGUUUGGUGACUGGCUGGGAGAGCUGGACAAACUCACACAGAGUCUGGAUGAUGGCAGGCCCCAGAAACCACUGCAGAAGCCUCCUCUCAGGCAGGAGACAAACAUGGCCAACUUCUCCUACCGCUUCUCAAUGUACAACAUAAACGAGGCGUUGAACCAGGGCGACACAGUGGACCUGGACGCCCUGAUGGCCGACCUCUGCUCCAUCGAACAGGAGCUCAACACCAUUUCCAAACCGAACUCCACGUCUCGCGGCCAGAGCAAAGGCCAGCAGCGGGGCCCAGGGGGGCGCAGUGCGAGCACCAAGCACGUAGGCACCAGUGGAGGGGGCAGCAGCGGAGGAAGUGCCAGCAGCAGCACCCGGGCAUCGCCGGCCAACACAGUACGAGGCGGCAGCAGCGCCCGCCCCGCCGCCUCCAACAUCUCCCUCGAUGACAUCACCUCUCAGCUGGAGAAAGCCUCUCUCAGCAUGGACGAAGCGGCACGUCAGACCUCUUCCUCCUCGUCCUCGUCCUCUUCUUUCUCCUCCACCACUCUCCGACGGCCCUCUUCGGGGUCGUCCGGCAGCGGGCAGCACCGGAGGACCGGCUCGGUGGGCACGGUCAGCGAGCAGGAAGCUCCGUCCCAGCGGUCCAGCGUGAACUCGGCGUGCGCCUCGGCGUCCAGCAUGGACUCCCUGGACAUCGAUAAAGUGAUGACGGGGGGAGAGGUGGAGGGGCAGAGCAGCCCGAGCACGCAGGGACAAAACCAGACCAGCACAGAGCACUCCUAUCUGGACCGAGAAACCUCGCUCAUUCUGAAAAGCAUAGCUGGAAAGCCUUCUCACCUCCUGACCAAGGAGGAGCAAGCUGCCAAAUUGAAGGCAGAGAAGAUCCGAGUCGCCCUGGAGAAAAUCAAGGAGGCACAGGUCAAAAAGCUGGUGAUCAGGGUCCACAUGUCAGACGAGAGCUCCAAGACCAUGAUGGUGGACGAGCGGCAGACAGUCAGGCAGGUGCUAGACAGCCUGCUGGAUAAGUCACACUGUGGCUACAGCCCGGACUGGUCUCUUGUGGAAACCAUCAAUGAGCUACAGAUGGAGCGUAUUUUUGAGGAUCAUGAGAACCUGGUGGAAAACCUAUUAAACUGGACCCGGGACAGCCACAACAAGCUUAUGUUCAUCGAACGCAUCGAGAAAUACGCUCUUUUCAAGAACCCUCAGAACUACUUGUUGGGGCGGAAGGAGACAUCCGAAAUGGCUGACAGGAAUAAAGAAGCUUUAUUAGAGGAGUGUUUCUGUGGUGGCUCGGUGUCGGUGCCAGAGAUCGAGGGUGUCCUGUGGCUGAAGGAGGAUGGGAAGAAGUCGUGGAAGAAGCGCUACUUCCUCCUCAGAGCUUCAGGGAUCUACUACGUCCCCAAAGGGAAAGCCAAGGCGUCAAGAGAUCUGGUGUGCUUCCUCCAGCUGGACCAUGUUAACGUGUACUACGGCCAGGACUACCGCAGCAAAUACAAGGCUCCCACUGACUACUGCCUGGCCCUGAAGCAUCCACAAAUCCAGAAGAAGUCGCAGUACAUCAAGUAUCUGUGCUGUGAUGAUGUCAGGACCCUGCACCAAUGGGUGAACGGUAUUCGCAUCGCCAAGUAUGGGAAGCAGCUGUAUGUGAACUACCAGGAGGCCAUGAAGAGGACUGAGGCGGCUUACGAUUGGUCGUCUCUCUCUACCUCCAGCAUCCGAUCAGGCUCCAGUUCUGCCAGCAUACCCGAGUCCCAGUCGAAUCAUUCAGGCCAUUCAGACAGUGGGGUGGACACAGGCUCUUCUCAUGGCCGGUCCCAGAGUGUGGUGAGCUCCAUUUUUUCUGAGGCCUGGAAGAGAGGUACCCAGAUCGAGGAGAGUUCCAAGAUGAGAAUGGAGGCAUCCAGAGGGGCCACGCUGCCGCAUGCUUCCCACAGUCACCGGCAUCACAGCCAGCAUUCAGUGGAUCAUCCAGCCCUGACACCUCCUCCGCAGCAUCAGCCUCGCCCUCCACCACCUCCGCCACCUCCGCCACCUCCCCCAGCCCCUGUAACAGGCCCGACUCCACCUCCCCCUCCCCUCCCUCCUGGAAACCUGGGCUCCCCCACGAGGAGGUCACCCUCUGGCUCUUUUGUAGGCAAGAAACCUCCUCCCACCCCGCAGAGGAACUCCAGCAUCAAGUUCAACGCUUCCUAUGAGGAAUCCAGGAAGAACUUGCUCAGCAAGUUCGCUCCCCAGAACACCUCUCCUUCCUCCGCGUGUCCCACCUCCUCUUCCACUGGAUCCCCUUCCAAAGACCCCUCAACUGGACCCCCUGCUCCCCCGAAACCAGGCAAGCUCAACCUGGCCAACCUGCCCUUGGCACUCCAGGCCAAAGUGAGCCAGGUAAAGCAAUCCAGUGGCGACUUCCCGUCCCCACCACCUGAGUGCGCCUUCUUCCCACCUCCUCCCCCGGCCUCUGAGCUCUUCCCUCCUCCUCCACCUCCCGGUAGUGACGCCAAUAGCGGAGGACCUCCUAGGGUAGCUGUGGUCAACCCUCAGCCCCAGGCACCCCCUCCUCCUCCGCCUGUCUCCCUUGUCAGCAACUCAUCAUGGGGGAAGAGCUCUCUGAAAAAGACUCCUCCACCCACACUCGGGCGGCGUAGUAACACCACCCCAGAACCCCCUCCGCUGUCACCGCCUCCACCCACCUCCCCGAAGGGCAGCUCAGGCCAGCCCAAUUUCUUGGAGGAUCUCAACCGGACACUGAAGCGAAAGUCAGUGGGUCGCCAAGGUUCUCUCAACUCGGCGGGCCUCACGGGCAAGUUGGACCCUGUGGGAACUAUGGACGACAUGGCGCUGCCUCCGCCGCCCCCUGAGCUGCUCCUGGACCAAGGAAAGCAAAGCAAUGGAGGAAACAGCGGCUACAUGUCCGGAAACAUCUCAGGCUAUGCAACGCUACGACGAGGACCCCCGCCUGCACCGCCCAAACGGGGGGACGGCACCAAACUUACCGGAGAGUGUUGAACUUGGAGAUCAGGACACAAUACAGAUGGAUGAAUAGACAAUGAGAGAAUAUAUGGAGGUGAACAUUCAUUAGUGAAAUGGGGAAGUCCUGAAUUCCUUCUAUCCUCUUGGGAUCACAAUGAUAAAUGGAUGACUGUGUAUAUACUGAAACCCAAACCAGACCAUGAUCAAUUAGUGUUGCUAAUUAUAGCAUUUUUUUUAACAUGCUUGGUAUCCUGGAUCUGUGGGGUUUACAAUAUUGGGACAAUGAAGACUGGAGCAGGUAAGUUUGAGAUCACAGAGAAGAUUCUGCGAUUGUCUAAACUCUCUGGAAGAUAUCGUGUCGCCCUGUAUGGUAAACCCCACCCGUCUGGUACGCCAAGCAGAUUGAAAGAAACACUAAUAUGAAUUGUGCAAAUAUUACUGGAUCCAGGUCUGAGCCGAACCAUGUAUCCGCUUCUCUGCCAUAAGUUUGUGCCACGUACUGGAAACAUAAAAAAAAAAACGAAGAACACCCACAUCUGGAUAUUUCUGCUUUGGUACUGCAUGGACCUCAUGUGAGAACAAGCUGUAAAACAUCUGUUCUGGUGUGUGUGCAUGAGCGAGAGAGGGGAACUGAAUUUGCAUACAUGCAUUGUGCACAUGCAUAUAUGUACGAUAACAAGGUGGUGAAGUAGUUAACCGUUAGGGAAGGCCUUCGCGGGGCGGGGAUGGUUAGGUUUGCUUUUAUAUAAAAUUAUUUAAUGAUCGAUAAAUGGAAGGAUUUUUUUUUAUAAGUCUGUCUUUUAAUAGCUGGUCAACAAAGUCUAGAGAGGAACAAAACAUUAGGGCACAAUGGAAUGUAUAUGGGAAUAUUUGAAAACAUUAUGAAUUACACACAUGAAGGCAGUGAUUCAGUAAUAAAAGAACACUCAGAAAGUGCAAAAACGUAAAAAAUCUGUCGUCUACAAACAUUUCUAGACUGUUUCACCACUAGAAGGAAGCCUUAUUCCCAAAGUCUUGCACAGAGGUCAAAGCAGAAAGGAGAUUUCUUCCAAAGGUUCAGCAGAGUCUGGACUGUGCAACUGGAAAAACAUUUUUUUUAUUUAAUGGACUGUAAAAUGGAGAGGGAGGCCUGUGAUGGUGUAUCUUCGUGGACUGUGCGAGUUCCCUGCUUGAUUUUGGACCUUAUCCUUCAGUUUGUGUCUGUACAGUUUGCAGCUGCUACUCGGUU